AUACAAGGGAAGGCAGUGGGACUGAGCAGAGGGAACCCAUCAUUUAUUAACACAGAAAGAGAGACAUCCAUCUUCAGAGAUCACUCAUAAUUAAAAAAAAAGAAUAAAGGAAAUCUCACCAGUCCUUCUCCACGACAGAAACCAGCUUCCAGCAAUAAAGAUAUGACUGUUUCAACAUAAUCCUGGUUGGUCUCACAUCUUCAGCCCUCCAUCGGCUUGUGAGUCUCCAAAACUCUUCCUGUAUCUGAACUCGCACCAAGUACUGGUCACCCAUCACUUUUGUGCUCUUUGGUUCUCAUUGACCCGUGGUUGAACAGUGGAUCAGGUAUUAAAAUCUUCAUCCUUGUUUCUCAGUGAAGAAACAUCGAGUGCAGAAAACUUGAUUCAGGUACCACCGCCAAGAAGGAAAAACACCCGAGUGGUUUCUGAUUGGCCGAGUCGAAGUGGGCUAGAGGUGUUAGCUUUGACCGGAGACCAUGAGUGAGCUCGAGCAGUUGCGCCAAGAGGCAGAGCAGCUACGGAGCCAAAUACGGGAUGCCAGGAAAGCAUGUGGGGACUCCACACUGACCCAGAUUACAGCGGCCCUCGAUCCAGUCGGGAGGAUUCAGAUGCGUACAAGGCGCACGCUGAGGGGUCACUUGGCUAAGAUCUAUGCUAUGCAUUGGGGAACCGACUCCAGACUGUUAGUCAGUGCAUCACAGGAUGGAAAGUUAAUCAUCUGGGACAGCUACACCACAAACAAGGUUCAUGCCAUUCCACUCCGGUCAUCUUGGGUUAUGACCUGUGCCUAUGCCCCGUCUGGUAACUACGUGGCCUGUGGUGGCCUGGACAACAUUUGCUCUAUCUACAGCCUAAAGACCCGCGAAGGGAAUGUGCGAGUGAGCAGGGAGCUGCCAGGACACACAGGUUACCUGUCCUGCUGCCGCUUUCUCGAUGAUAACCAGAUUGUUACAAGCUCUGGUGAUACAACUUGUGCCCUGUGGGAUAUUGAAACUGGGCAGCAGACGACCACAUUCACAGGCCACAGUGGAGAUGUCAUGAGCCUCUCCCUCUCGCCAGACUUCAAGACCUUUGUGUCAGGAGCCUGUGACGCGUCAGUCAAGCUGUGGGACGUGCGCGACAGCAUGUGCCGGCAGACUUUCACUGGCCAUGAGUCUGACAUCAAUGCUGUUUGUUUCUUCCCUAACGGGAACGCCUUUGCCACGGGAUCAGACGAUGCCACCUGCCGAUUGUUUGACCUGCGGGCAGACCAGGAGCUGAUGAUGUAUUCACAUGACAACAUAAUCUGUGGAAUCACAUCGGUGGCAUUCUCCAAGAGCGGCCGUCUCCUGCUGGCUGGCUACGACGACUUCAAUUGCAACAUCUGGGACUCCAUGAAGGGCGACCGUGCUGGGGUCUUGGCCGGUCACGACAACAGGGUCAGCUGCCUGGGAGUGACAGACGAUGGAAUGGCUGUGGCAACAGGGUCUUGGGACAGUUUCCUCAAAAUCUGGAACUAACCAUAACAUGAAGUGGGUGUCAUCGAUGCAAAAGAGAAAAGAUUUCUAAAAAAAGCCUGAUUAUUUAGAUUCUGAAAACUAUAUGCCCUCCCUCCCCUCCCUCCCUCCCUCCCUCCCUUCCUGCCCUCCCACCUUCCCUCCUUUCCACCCUCCCCCUCAAGAAGAAUCUACAGGGUACGGGAGGCAAGGAAGAAGAGGAAGAUGUGCCUGUGACAAAUGGGUCUUACCCCCUCUGCUCCCCCCCAAAAAAAAGAGGGGGGAGAGAAAAAGUACCCCCGUAACAAAAAAGGAAUCCCACAGUUGUGACCUAUUGAGGGUGAAAUUUUAUUUGUUACAGUAACAAAGCAAAAGGCUUGAAAAGAAAAUGGUUUGCACAAGGCUUUUUGUGGAGGUAGAAAACCAUAAGUGGAUGGAAAGACUGCAAUCAAUUUUUUUUAAAAGAAAAAAGAGGAAAAACUUAAAUUGACCCAGAAUUCUUGUGAGCUGCUGGUGUCAGUCUAAGCCUUUGUCACCAGAAUUUAUGUUGUUUAUGUACCUGGCUCCAGUUUUGUUCAGAUUUUGCGUGUGAAUGAACGAGUGUGUGUGUUUCUUUCAAAAACAUAUUGUGACUGAUGUCUCCUUUGACCACUUCUACCCUUUGUCCUCUUCUGCCCCCAUCCUUCCAAAAAUACCAGUGCCCUUCCUCUCAGUGAGUGAGAUGUGUGAAAUUUUUACAAAAAUAAAUGGCCCACUUGCAGCAAAGGACCACAACUAUUGGUCAGUGCUAGGUGAGGAUGACACUCGUGCUGUUGUCUGUAUUUCCCCCCUCCACCCUAUCCCUGAGUCUCACUCACCUUCACUUUCAACUUCUGUUCCCACCCCACCUCUGGCUUUUUCUUCUUUACUUUAAUAUCAGCCAAAUCCUGACUUAUGUUUCCGCUUAAUAGCUUGCUCCCACUGUGCAAACAUCGGAGGUCUGUGCAUGGCAGCAGCUUCUGAAACCAGAAUUCCGUGCGUUGGUUUGUUGAUUGUUGUGUGUGGGGAACCCUUGAGAAGUCAUGCAGCUUGGAGGCAGCACUAGUCCUGAUUGGUCCUUGCCUUGCUACAUCUGUGUCAUCUCUUCAUCAACCACAGAAGCGAAGCCCUUUUUGCCAUUAUUCAUCAGUGCAUUGUGGAUAACAAGACAUUUCUAACCAUUAUGGCUCCUUAUGAGCCUACCUAUGAUGACAAUAUAGUCCAAAGGAUUUUCAGGAAGAAACUCUGUUCUUUUUCUGGUAUUGGGCAAAUUGGCGAGGGCUAGGGCAGGGACCUCUGUGAUGGUAUUGGUCUUGCCUGGCCUGGUACUGUCUUUUACUUUUGCGACUUCCAUUGUGGGACCAUUUAAAGGAGGCAAACGCAGUGAUGAAGAGGCUGACGUCAGCAUUACCCUAUGCCCUUAGAAUCAGACUACAACUUGUGCCAUAUGACUCGAGCUGAUACAACAGGGUAUUAUUUUCUGGGGCUCAAAAGUCCUGCACUGGUGCCAACCCCACACAACCUCUCUUCCCCAAAAUAAAAGUCACUAUAGUUACUCCCUCCAUUCCAUCAUACUCGGAUAUUUUCCGAUGUUGGUAAAAAGCAGUUGUCUCUUAAAGAACCUUUUUUGUGUUAGCAAACUAUUGGAAGAGGAGAGAUGCUACCUGGACUGUUGGCGACUGUGGACAGUCAUUGUUUCCUGCUGUCCCAGGUUCAUGUCCUGACCAUCUUUAACAUGCCAUAGGCAAGGGAGGAAACAUCUAGGGAGGUAUUUAGUUAAUAUGCGCAGUGGUUAUAAUAAUCUGUCUCCAUUUCCCCCAUUCCCACAUUUACCCUCCACCCAAAUAGCUGUGAAGUUGUCAUUUGUCUCUGUUGGGAGGCACAACUGCCACCUGCCCUCUCCCAAGUCUGUAUGUAUGUGCGUGUGUGGCGCAGCAUUUAUAAAGUUGGUAUACACUCCACACCUUCCCUCCCUUGCUGCAGUGCUUGUGAACUGUGAUGACUCUGAUAGUACACUGGCAGCAGGACAGUUAUUCACCAAAACCAGCUGAUGUGCUUCUCGUAACCUGAAUGUCAUGGCCCCAGACCUUUUCAGGUAGAUGUGAUGUUGAGAUAAGAGUCUUUUGAAAGCUUGUAAAUCUGUCAAGUAUUAAAGGAGUAUUGAAGUACAAGAGAGGGUUUAGUGCAAUUUGUUCCAUGGUAAUUUUGCUUUGGUGUCUCACUGGUCAAUCAGAUGUCUGCUUUAAUGCCAGUAUUGAUUUCCUUGCCUUUCUGACUGCUCCUGUUCACGCACUGAGCCAAAGCGUGGUGCUAUUCCAGUUAACAGACACUGUUAUUUCUUUGCUCCUUUUGGUGAUGAGUCAAGGAGAUUUUAAAGCAGGGAUGUAAUCCCAGAAUAAGAGCCAAGCCAUUUAGGACUGAUGAGCAGAGGUUUUUUUUUGCACUCGGUUGUGAAUCUUUGGAAUUCUCUAUCGCAGAGGGGUGUGUAGCCACUCAUUGAGUGUAUUCAAGACAGAGAUUUAAUGCAAUUAAAACUUUCAAGGGAUAUGGGGAUAAUGUGGGAAAGUGACUUAGAUGUUGAAGAUCUGCCAUGAUCCAGUUGACUGAUGGACCAGAUCCUAUUUCCUAUAUUUUCGUGCUCUUUAGGAAAAGCUCACCUGUUCUGUUAUCAACCAAGAACAUUUAAGCAAACUGAGCCUCCUUAGAACGGAGGCCUGAGUGAAGAUGCUGAAAGGUUAAGAUCGAGUGGAUACAGCAGAAUAAUUCUGCUUUUUCCACAAAAGAAAACAAAGACUUUAGGAUAAAAGGCAAGAAAUCCUACUGAGUAUUCCAGGAGAAACUCCUCUCUCUCUAAAGAGUGGUGAGAACUCCUACAGACUGUGUUUGAGGUGUGAAUGCAUUUAAGGGGUAAUGUGAGGGAGAAAGGGAUAGAGAGACUUGUACUGAUUGUUCAAUUUGGAAGGGUGGGAGGAAGAAAGUCUAAAACCAGAGGCUGGUUUGGGUCAAAUGGCCUGUUUCUAUGCGGUGCAACUGUUCCUCUUUGUCAGCUCUUUGAGCUUGGGGUGAGUGGUUAAUUAGGUAGGCUUCCUGGUUGUAUUGAUCAUCCUUAGAGAGAGCACGGGCAAACUGGGUGAGUGCACUGGUUCUCUCUGAUCGUUGGUGACAGAAUCUCAACUUAUUGAGUUUCCAGAGGGCAUGCUAUUGUUUGGAAGAUCCAACCUGCUUGAGGAACCUUCAUUAUUAUUACUUCUCCAACCCAGUGCCAAACGUCCCUUUUUUUUUAAAAAAGUAGGAACACUUGAGGAGUUGACAAACUGCGUCUUUGUGUCAUUGGGAGAUCUUUCUGUUGCCUGUCAGGAAGAUGCAAGUCAUGCCUUGCAUGUUUGAUUUCUUCCCCUUAAUCGGGAAAUACUGCCAAUGUGUUAUGUUUGAAAGAGGGGUUCAGGAGGGGGGCUUGGUGAAAACUGCACCCAGAUGCUGGUGAAUCUGCAUAUUAUCUGUUUUCCCGAUUUUUAAUUUACUUUUGAGAGCCCUUGCAUUCCCGUUCUUGCCCAGCCAAUAUUUCUCUCUCAAACUAACUUCAAAAGAAAAAUCUGGCCAGUGUCACAUUGCUGUCGAGGGGACCUUGCUGUACUCUAAUCCAAUGCUGCAUCUCCGACAAUGCAAAAGUACUUGACUGGCUGUAAAGAGCACCCCCCCCCUUGCUGUCCCUGGUCCAUCUGAGAAAGGCACUGCCAUCUCUGUUUGCAGAGUGAUAGGAAACCGGUUUUCUGCUGGUCACCUGAUGGUCUGCAUAUCAAUUGUGUAAGAAUGCUUUACCUUUCUCCUAAAAGUAUAAUUUUUUGAAGGUUCCACCUCUGGUGAGAAUCCUAUAAAGCACGGUUGCUGUAAUUGGACUACCGAAUCUAUUAAUGUUUCUGCUAUCUUUUCAAGUGAAUCAAUUUUGUUCAUUAUGUUGUCGGGCGAAUUUACUCCUCAUUCAACAGAUCCCCUCCUUGCAUUCACUAACUGUGGCCUAUCUUGAGAGGUGGGGCCUGUGAUUUGCAAGUAUUAUACUUCAUGUUAUGUUGUCCUUUGCCAAUUCUCAUGUUCUUUCUUCCUCUGUCUCUCCUGCCCACCAUCACAGCAUCCUGCUUUGAUUGGGCAAGGAAUCUGUCUAGAGAGAGGCCACCCCACCUUGUCGACAAGGUUAGUGGAUUGCAUGCUCGGCCUGUUGACUACAGACUGCAGUAAGCAUUUGGUGGGUUUACUGAAUGCAAACCACCUCUUUUUUCCUCCUCCUACCCUCUCCUUCAUUCUGAGCCCAGCCCAUUUGCAUGGUUGGUGAGGGAUAUGUCGUAAUGACUUGAUGCUGUGUAAUGUAGCUGACACAGUGGUGGUAAGGUUGGCUGAAUUGCUAAGUUGUCAAGGAUCUAAUGCAUAAUAUGCACAGUUGAUAUUGUGGUGCAUCACUGUCGUUGAAUAUGGAGAUAAAUUAGUUAGUUUAAUAAGCCUUGCCUUGACAACAGAUUUGGCAUAAAUGAUCCACUCAGAUAUGUUUGAUACGAGCUGUAAAUAAUGAGUGAGAGAGGUCCCAACUCUUGUUCCAGUUGGAAUGUCCUCACCUCGAACCUUAAAAGUAAUCGAGCGAAAGUUUGGGUCAAGGGAGUCUCCUGGGUUUAACGUCCCAGUGAAAAUUUGAUUUUUCCUCCCAGUGCGAACAUUUUGCUAACUGUUGUUAUGUUCACUGGACUAAACACUGGAGACUGAGGGGCAGGGCUUGAUAAUCUACUGCAGGGUGGAGUGUAUGUGGGACAAGGAUAAUUUGAGGGAGCCAGUGAUGUUUUAUUUCUUUGAGGGGAGCUGAGGAACAGUGACUAGGUCAGCGUUUAGUACCCAUUCUUGCUACUUGCGAAGAUACUGGUGAGCCACCACCUUGAGCUGCUGCAAUCCAUAUGGUGCUAAUACAGUGCUGUUAGGGAAUUCCAAUAUUUUGAUCCCGUGAUUGUAAAGAAACAGCAAGAUAUUUCCAAAUAAGGAUUGUAUGUUACCUGGAAGGGAACUUGCAGGAGCUAGUGUUUCCAUAUAUCUGCUGCCCUUGAACUUUGAGAUGAUAAAGGUCAUGGGUUUGUACAGUGCUUUCCCAAGCCUCAAUGAGUUGUUGCAAUGCAUCUUGUAGAUAGUACACAGUGUUGCCAUUGUGUGCCAGUGGUGGAGGGAAUGAAGGUUGAAGAUGGUGAAUGUGGUGCCAACAAGGCUGGAACUGCUUUGUCCUGGAUAAUGUCGAGCUUCUUGAGUAUUGGAGUUGCACAGAUCCGGGCUAGUGGAGAGUAUUUUAUCACACUCCUGACUUGUGCCAUGUAGAUGGACAGGAUUUUGAGGAGUCAUGAGGUGAGUUGCUUGAUAAAGAAUUCCCAAUCUUUGACGUGCUAUUGUAGGCACUAUCACUAAAUGGCUUUUGGUCAGUGAUGGUGUUCAAGAUGGUGGGGGAUUAAGGAAUGGGAUUGGCAUUGAAUUUUAAAUAGCCGUGAAAGGAGAAUGUGCCAGGACAAAAAUCUUAGAACUCCCUCAUGUGACAAGUCUGUGAGCCUGCAUUAUAAUAAAAAUUCUCCCUUAAUAAAGGUCAUUGUGUUUGUUGAAGACCUGAAUAUAAUUUACAGUUCCCAUACAUUUCUCUCUUUCCAACCUCCUUCCACUUUUGAGUAGGGAAAACCCAGCACUUCAUCAGAAUUUUAAAAGCAUUGUUUUAAUAACUUCUGCAGCACGCGUCAGCAUAACCAAGCUCAUUACUGAGACAAGUCGCUUGUGUUAAAAAGGAAGAGAGGGAAGCAUUUUUCUUUUUUUAAAAAAAAAGCCCGCUAUUGUAUGUUGCUGACUUUAACUUUGUAUAUAUUAUAUAUAGAAAAAAAAUAAUGUGCACAGUGUAACCACUGGGCUGCAGAAACAAAUGUUAGUGUUGUGUUGAAGGAUAAUGAAACCUUUUUAAAAUGGGAAAAAAAAAGUGUUUUUAGAGACUGUAUUUAUCUGUAGCUAAUCUUGUUGGUGGAUUUGUAUUGUGUAAUUUCUUGAAGAAAAUGUCAAUGAAUGAUAAGUAUGUGUUUUGAUUUUAGAUAUUUUGGGGAGGGAGGGGUGAGAAUGUAAACUCCGUCCAGAUGGGCCAGUUUUUUUUUAAUACAAUUUUUUUUUUAAAACCCCAAGCACUCCACCUUUAUCAAUUUUCCUUGCAUUGAAUGGGGUUGUUUUCUUGACCACCCCGUUCCUUUACGGAGGCUGGUGAUGGUGCAGUAUAAAUAUAUAUAAAAUUAUAUAUACUUUUUUGGGUUAAUUUUGUUCUGGCACCAUUUCAGCGAAGGCAAAGUGGAGACAAAAAAAUGUUUGAAUUUUUCACUUUCUCUGCUCUUUGAUUUGAAUAAAGCAAUGUUCUGUGUUCUGUA